UAAACAUAAAAAAGACCCUCUUAGCGAGUUCUGUGAGAUCUGCUCCAACGAAAACAAAAACAGCAAAAAAAAAAAAAAAAGAACUGCUCGGGAAGAAGAGUUGUUUUCGGCUUUGGGGGUAAAAUGAGGAUUCGGAAGAACACGAAGCUGUCAGCGAUGCUUUUGACGACAGCUGGUUACGGCGGAGAGAGACCGGAGACAUAUGUUUGUCACCUUAGCCAGUCUCCGUGGGAUGUGAUUCCGCUCCCUUCCUCCUGCGACGGCGAUGACGCCACCGAGUUGAUUAACCUAAUUGACUCGUCGUGGUUUCUCCCUUCUCCGUCGUCUUCUUCUCCGCCUCUCAUUCACCAGUUGGAUGGAGAAGAUAGCUUCAAUGGGAAUGGGAGCUUGGGCGAUUCUAAUGGCGCUGCUGAAAGGGUUUUAGUUGUAUUCCUCCUAGUUUCGGUUAUCGGAUUAAUUAUCUCCGUCGAAAAUAAUCGCAGCCUAGUUUCCGCCGAGAGACUUAAUCUCGUUGCGGCGAAGGAUUACGAGAGAUCGCCGGACUUUGAAGAUCCAAUGGAUCGGAGCGAAAACAGUGACAACAAAUCCAAAGCCGUCAAGCCUAAUUCACCGGUCAAAACCUCCGGCGACGACGACCAAGUGGCUCUCUCUGUGCCGGCGCCUCCUAAACGCGGACGGCCACGUGGUACGACCAAGAAAGCUCCGGCCUCCUCCACCGCCGCAUCGACGAAUCCGUACGAGUUUUACUAUUACUCUGGUUUCGGCCCACGGUGGGGGAGAAAAAGGCGCGGCUCCGGCGACGAGGAGAUUGUUAUGGGUGAUAGUAAAAAGAAGAGUUCCGAGGAUAAUAUGAGCAAAAAGAGUAGCAGUAGCGGAGAAGAGAAUGAUAAAACGGCGGCGUUUGGAGAUGGUAGAAUCGGUUUUGAUGAGUUUCAGUUUGUUGAAGAUGAUUAUGACGUGUUUGAUGAAGAUAGUGAUCAUGAGAAGAAGAAGGAGAAGACGAUGGUGGUGAAGAAGAAGACGAAGAGAGGUAGGAAACCCGUAAAGGAAAGGUCUUUGAAAUCCCUCAUGUGAAAUAUUUUUUGUUUUUCUAGGGUUUUUCUGUCUUUUUACUUCAUCUCGUAUUUUUUAUUUCCUCAUUUGUAUGUUAUGGGACUUUGGUCUGUUUGUUUGGUUCGUUUAACAUAUUUGUACUCAGAUUUUCAAUUUCUUUGUUGUAUUUGGUUACAUGUUAUUUCUUUAAGUUUUUUUUUUUCUUUUAAAAAGCUUCCGAUAGGAAACAAAUACUUUUAAAAUAAAUUUAUCUUAUUUAAAACUGCA